AGCCUCACGUGUAUGCAGAAGAACGUCAGAUGAGUGAGCAGAGAGUGUUCUAUGUUCAUGUUGCCUGGCGAGAGGUCAUUGCUCGCCAGCAUCAGAGUAGUGGUCAACGUCGCGACCAUCCGAUGCUCCAGGUAGACGGAUAGAUAGACAGAGACGCUGAACGUCUAUAAAGAUGACCAUGAUCUGCCGCUGAUCGUCUUCUUUGUUCUCUUAUAUCAACAGCCUUCAUAGAGACAACCACAGCUUGGGUUGUCCUUGAUCUACAGACUCGCCGCACUCAGUCUUCUUUUCUCGCCCGAGCACAUAUCCCCCCUAUCUUGCAAAUCGUCUACCCAAGAUGAAGGCCUUUACAGCCAUUUCCAUUGCCCUGGGCGCUAGCCUGGCUUCUGCCCAGGUCUACGAGUGCGAUGGCUACCGUCGCCCAGACUGGGAGGACUGCGAGUCCCUCGUGGUCGACUUCAACAUGGAGGGCAACCCAGACACCUUCCACGAGAAUGGCGCCGACGAUCCCGCGCCCUCAUGCAAGUGGUGGUACUGGAUAGACGGCAACUGCCGCAUCACCCACUGCUAUGAGGACAAGAACGAAGGCACCAUCUCCGGCGGCCAGAUCCACCAGCUGUACGACCGCAUCCGUUCGCGCUGCGUCCCCUUCCGCGCCGGCGGCGUCUUCACCGGCGCCCUGCAGUUCCUGACCGUCUACAACGACGAGGACCAGGCCCGCAGCCUGCCCGCCUCGGCCCGCGUGGUCGAGCACGCCAACGGCGCCGUCGAGGCCACCGUCUCCCUCGACGAGUACCUCGAGUGGAAGAACGAGACGGACGCCCAACGCAUGGCACAGGUCGAGGAAACCAUCCUCUCCACCCGCCAGAACGAGGACGACGUCGUGCGCAUCGACUUUGUCGCCUACGGCGUCCGCAACCCCAACGCCUACGAGCGCGGCCCGCGUCUCGGCAAGGGCGUCGGCUACACCUACGAGGUCACCGAGAGCACCACCUUUGGCGUCACCACCUCGCUGAACCUCGGCACCGCGUGGAACAUCUUCACUGCCAGUGCCGGCAUUGAAAUGUCCCAGUCGGACACGUACAGCGUCACCGAGGGCCUGCAGUUUGACGUCCAGUGCGACAACCAGGGCCAAAUCACCUUCUGGCCCUUUUAUGACUACUACGAGACCACCUGGUCGCCGUCUGAGACCAAGGGCGCGAUCUGGGUGCCUGUCGAGUACGGUGACCACAAAAUCACCGGUGAGAUUGCCGUCGCAUGCGUUGGUUAA